GCGUCCCUGGAAGCGGGGACCCGGGGUGGUGCUGGGGACGCUGCGCAGAGGCCGGAGCCAUCGCCCAGAGCCUCUUGAAGUUGGGGACAGCUCACUGGGACCCUGGUGUCCGAGCCCAGAGGAAACAUGGCUGGACGACCCAUCCGCAUAGGAGACCAGCUGGUUCUGGAGGAAGACUAUGAUGAAACCUACAUGCCUAGUGAGCAAGAGAUUCUUGAAUUUGCAAGAGAGAUUGGCAUUGACCCCAACAAAGAACCAGAACUGAUGUGGUUGGCACGGGAGGGCAUUGUGGCCCCACUGCCCAUGGAGUGGAAACCAUGCCAGGACAUCACAGGUGAUAUUUACUACUUCAACUUUGCCAAUGGGCAGUCCACCUGGGACCAUCCUUGUGAUGAGCACUAUCGGAAUCUGGUCAUCCAAGAGCGGGGGAAGCUGUCGACUGGGGCCGUCAAGAAGAAGGAGAAGAAGAAGAAGAAGGAGAAGAAAGACAAGAAGGACAAAGAGACUUCCAGAAGUCCCCUGGCCUUGGGGUCCUCGCUGGCUCCAGUCCACAUACCUCUCGGGGGCCUGGCUCCAUUACGAGGCCUGCUGGAUGCCCCACCCCCUGCUCUUCGUGGCUCUCCACGUGCGAACCUGGGCAGCUCGAUGGAGUCCAGUCUGCUCGGAGAUGUCCCGCUGCCUCUGCAGGGUCUCAAGAUGCCUACGGUUCCAAAGGGUCUCUUGGAGUCCAUUCAUGAGGAUAAGAACAGCCUCAACCUCUUGGCUGUAGGGGAGGAGGCCAACGAGGAGGACAGUGACAACCAGAGUCUCCACAGCUCCAGUGAGCUGCUUAAGAACCUGCACCUGGACAUUGGGGCGUUGGGCGGCGACUUUGAGUAUGAGGAGUCUCCCAGAACAAGCAAGCGAGAAGAGAAGAAAGAUGCGUCUCUUGAUUCCAGUGCUGCUGGCCCCCCUACUCCUGGCAAGCUCUUUAGCCAAGGUGCAGAUAGCAGCCUGAGCAGUGCCGAUGGCCAUGCGCAAUCGGGAAAGGGGGGUUGGCUCCCAGGAAAAGAAGACAAGGAGACAAGUGAUGCCGGGGCCUCCAGGAACCAGGUGACUGCCAGGCUGGAUCCAGAGGGCGGUCAGUCUGCCAGAUCCUCGGAAAAGGAGGCACCCGUGGACCUGGUGGAUGCAGGAGAGGAAGGCUUCAGUAAGGACGAGGCAGCAGAGGAGCCCCGAAGGGAAGCUUCCUCCCUGAAAGAGAGAUCAGACGCCAGUGAAGCGUCAGAGAUCAGCGAACACAUGCAGGAGCGGCCCUUGUCAGAGUCCACCGCCUCGGAGUCCCGGUCCUUCCUUGACCUGGACUUCGGUUUUCGCAGCCGGAUCACAGAGCGCCUGCUGGCUGUGGAUGUGCUUCGGCCGGCCCUGGAGGGCACCCUCUGGGAGGCCCAGGCCAUGGGAGGAGAGGACAAGGCCGACAGCCCGUCCAGCCAGGAUGAGUUACAGAGCGUGCAGUCCAAAGGCUCCGAGAGGUUACCGCCUUCGCUGCUGCAAGGGGAGUGUAUCCCAAGCCCCCUUCCCUGCCAGCCCCCCAGGGGCCAGCCUGAGCAGGAGGAGGCCGGGAAGCCUGGGGAGGACUUGGCAGGAGGCCGCACCCUGCCGGAUUCCCUCCCGAGGGAGCAGGUGCCCGGCCUGCGUGGCACCCAGGAGAGGGGCUUGGAGCAGCGUGCGCAGGCCGAGGUGGGGGCGGGGCAGGAAGAGGCCGAGGAGCCCGAGGAGCAGGUGGCGGCCAGCCCCACCCGGCCAGUCUCCCCCGAGGUGCGGUCCGUGGAGCCUGCAGACGCCCCAGCGCAGCUCGGGGAGGCUGCUGUGGAGGCCAUGGAGGAGGCAGCCGCACAGGAGCUGGAGCAGGACGGGAGGCCGCCGCCGGAGUCUCGGCCAGCGCGGUUGCAGCAGUCUCCGGAGAAGCUGUGGCAGGAGGAGACGCUCCGGCUCCACCAGCAGCAGGAGAAGUCUCUCAGCUCCCUGAAGGAACAGCUGCAGAAGGCCAUGGCAGAGGAGGAGGCCCAGGUGAGAGAGGAGGAAAGACAGCGGCUGUCCCAGCUCCGGGCCCAGCUCCGGGCCAGUGCGGAGGCAGAGGAACAUCGAAUGAGGGUGGAGCAAGAGGCUUCCCUGCGGAGGCUGAGGGAAGAACUGGAGUCCCUGCAGGAGGCUGAGAGGGCCACCCUGGAGCAGGGAAGCAGGCGGAUGCUGGAGCAGCUCAAGGAGGAGACGGAGGCUUCCCAGAAGAGAGAGCAGGCCGCCCUGAGGGCCGAGCAGGAGAAGGCCCUGCAGCGGCUGAGGGAGCGGCUGGAAGAGGAGCAGAAAGAUGCUGUGGCCGAGCUGGAGAAGGAGCACAGGGCCUCACUGGAGCGCGUCCGGGCCUCACUGCAGGCUGAGCACAGAGAGGUGGUUUCUAGCCUGCAGAAGAAGGUGGGAGAAGCCCCGCUGCAGGAGAGCCUCGGGCAGGAGCAGCGAGCGCAUCAGAAAGCUCACCAAGUGAUGGAGUAUGAGCAAGAGCUCAGCGACCUCCUGAGAGAGAAGCGCCAGGAGGUGGAACGGGAGCAUGAGCGGAGGCUGGGCAAGCUAAAGGAGGAGCACCAGCAGAGGCUGGCUGAGAGGAGACAACAGUACGAAGCAGAGGAGCGGGAGCAGCGGGCUGAGCUCCUGGGCCACCUGACUGGGGAGCUGGAUCGGCUGCGGGGGGCUCACGAGCGAGAGGUGGAGGCCACGCGGCAGGAGCAGGAGCGGCAGCGGGAGGCCCUGUGGCGCCGGCACCGGGAGCAGGAAGAGAAGCUGCAAAAGUUAGAGGUGGACCUUGAAGCCAGAACUAAAGACCUCAAGGGCAGACUGGCUCAUUUGGACACCCAGGAGGAGACCGCCCUCAGGGACAAGCAGCAGCUCCUGGAUGUACAGAGACAGCGGUUGCUGGAAAGCGAGGAAGCUGCAGCUAUCCAUCAGCAUCUGCAAGAGGCUAAGGAGGAAGAGGCCCGGCUGCUGGAGUCCCGCCAGCAGCUACAGAGAGUGCUCAGUGAACUGCAGGCCCGAAAGCUGGAGCUGGAGGCUCAGGUGGAGCAGCUACAGAGAAAGCUCAGCGACCUGGAGGCUGAAGUUCAGAGGAAGCAGGAAGUGCUGGAUGAGCUGGCAGUCAAGGAGAGUAAUGCUUCCCCACGCUUGGAGCCCGAUCUCCACAUUGAGGACCUGAGGAAGUCGCUUGGGACAAGCCAGACCAAAGAGGUGUCCUCUUCUCUCUCCCAGAGCAAGGAGGAGGGCGACGACGCGUCCUUGGACAGUGUCCGGCACUACCUCUCCUCCGAGGGCUUGGCCCUCCGGAGUGCCAAGGCAUACCUGGUGCAGCAGACGCGCUCUCUGCGGAGGCGGCAGACGGCGCUGAAGGCUGCCCAGCAGCACUGGCGCCAGGAGCUGGCCAGCGCUCCAGAUGCCGCCAAAGACCCGCCUGGCACUGAGGUUCUGGACGAUGUGCGCAAGAACCUGAAGGAGGAGACUAGGCACCUGGGAGAGAUGAAAUCUGCCGUGCGGAGAACUCAGGACCUGCUGAGGAAGAAGGAGGAAAGGCUGACCCAGCUGGAGGCCUCUCUCCGCGAAGAGGCCUCAGAGGAGGACACUCUGAGAGGAGCCUCGGCCAAGAAGGCGGUGACCUUCGACCUCAGUGACCUGGAAGACCUGAGCAGCACAAGUUCUGAGUCUUCCUCGCUGCCUCAGAUCCCUGGGAUGCAGAGCCCCGACUUCCACAUCAAGAUCCACUGUCUGAGCAGCUCCCUGCAGCACGUCAACAGCGAGCUGCAGGGGGCCCUUAGCCUGCUCAGCAGCCUCGGUGCCCAGCCCCGACCCCCGCUCCUCACCUCCACGCCGGCACCACGCACCGUCAAGGGUGCCCCUGCUCCCACCUACCCUGCCCUGCCCAGUCUCUCGGUCCCAGCCCCGGCUACACCCAUGCCCACCCAGUGGGCCUGGGACUCGGGGCUGGGCCCCAGGCUCUCCUCCUCCGUUGCUCAAACAGUGGAUGACUUCCUGCUGGAGAAGUGGCACAAGUAUUUCCCAAAUGGCGUUCCGGUCCUCAGCAGCAGCCCUGCCCCCCUGGAGAACAGGCUGGGCUACGUGUCAGCCAGGGAGCAGCUCCGCCUCCUGCCGCGCUCACACCCCCACCUGUCCCAGGUGGGCAGUGGCAGCUUCCUGGGCGGGAUGGAGGCCAACCAGAAGUGGCUCACGCAGUUCAAGAGCGACCCCAGGGCGUGUCAAUUCUUGGAGCCCCAGCGGGCGGCCACCCCCAGUCUGCUGCAGCUGGGCCUGGACGAGACCAACACCCUGAGGGUCUACCGCUACUGAGGCCCCAGACCAAGUGCCUGACACCCUGCCUGCACUUUACCCUGCACAGCCAGCCCCUGGCCCCGCACUGCUGGUCCACCCCUCAGGCCAUGGAGGGACGCCCGACCCCGGCGGGGUGCAAGGACAGGCAGCCCAAGACCCCGGGGCGCGGCACCGAUCUCAGGCGGAGCAGGAGGGCUUUGGAAGCCAGCAGCUUCUGGAAGCACUGGCAUGAGGACAGGAUGAGGUGGGUAGCUGAGGGGGCACCAGCACGUGGACCUUUGGGGAGAAGGUCAGCAUUCCAGGAGUAGCCUUUGAAGGCCAAGCGAACCCCUUUGGACCUGGCUGGCCCCUCGACCGGUGGGGCACUGCUCAGGGCUUGGUCCUCGUCAGCUCAGGAGGAUGCAGCCCCAAGUCAGGGGGCCCCUCCUGGCUCUCCAAUACCUCAGCAGCAUAGGCAUCCGGCCUUCUCCUCUCCCAGGCUCCUGUUCUUGAGCCCCUGCUUCCCCAUUGACUCUCAGGGUUGGGCUCCACUGCCUGGGCCUAUCAAUCUCUGUCACCCAGCUGGCCUUUCGCUCCCUCAGUCGCGCUCCCUGGGGCCAGCCACUAGACUCGCCGUCUCUUACCUCACCCACUGGGCUCCCAGCACUGCAGCACAUAUAACAGUUCAGCUAUCCACAGGUGCCAUCCCCUGCCCCUUGCCCCUCAAUCCCAGUGAGGGACCUUGUACCCAUUGGCAUUGCUACCAUUUGACCCAGGCUACCAUUUUGAUCCAGGUCCCCCCACUUCCCAUCAGUGAGUUCCUCUGGAGGUCUGCAGGGGAUGGUCUCCGGCAUCUGUCUCCUCGUUUAAACAAAAUGCCCCUCUGUCUGGUCUUCAAAGCUCUGGGGUUGCUCUUGCUUCCACAAGGCACCGCCGGCACUUCUCCCUCCCACCACUCAUUUUGAAUAAGAAACUAAGAUUCAAAUGGCUUUUUUUAUUAAACACUUGGACAUUUUGGGCUCCGGCCGCCCAGCCACGCCAGCAGCACCCCUUUGUGGCUGGGGCCCAUCCGUCGCGUGUGCUUGGGGAGUGUGAGCGCGCGCGUGCUGACCACCAGCUCUGUGACAUCCUGCGUUCCCUGCACCCAUUAAAGUGCUGCAGCUCCA